CCAGUUUCCGGCUCCUGUUGUACUGUCUCGUAUGUAACAACAACAUCUUUACUGGUAAAGAUGGAGAGCGGAACUGGGAUUGAGAGUUUACAGCUGAGGCUUGAUGACCUGGAAACGAAGCUGUAUGGCGACCGAGGAGUCAGGGCCGGCAAGUCGGUAAAGUGUGCUGAUGCGCUGGUUAAAGUCCAGGCUUCCCUAGCCAACACUGCUAACAAGAGAGAGCGUGUCAAGAUCUUACACAAGAAGAUUGAAGAUUUGUUGAAGUACCUGGACCCUCAGUUCAUUGACAAGAUCGCUGUUCCAGAUGCCAUUAAAGUGGAGUUCAUCCUUGCAGAGGAGGAGUUCAUCCUCUCACAAGCAAGCCUCCUGGAACAGUUGAGUGGACUGCGCCCUCUGCUUGACAGCUCGCACAUUACAGUGGCCCCUGAGCAUGCAUCCAAGCUGCAGUCCCUUUCGCAAAUUCACAUCCUGCAGCAGGACCAAUAUAAAGAUCUGACAGAGGAUGUGAAGAUGCUGUUUGAAGACUACAACAAGAUGAUGUUCCUCCUGUCCAAGCAGUUUUCGCAGUGGGAUGAGAUGCUGAGGCUGUUGGAAACAUCCAGCAAGUGAAGGCGGUGAAGGAGUGAUGCCAUUAUGCCAUCCUCCGAACAACUCUCCCAAAAAAACAUAAAACAAAAAACACUUCCUCUUCUUGAGUGCUGAUAUAUUCAUUGCACACAAUGUAUUUUUGUUAAUUUUAGACACAAAUUGGGUUGCCUCUUUGCUGACCACUGUCCUCCACAGCAGUGCACUGCAUUGUUAGUGCAGGUUAGGGGAUUGUUACAGUACAGGUAAAUGGAGAAGAGAAAUUAAAGCUAUUCAGCUGAGAGAGUGAGCAGAGGGGGACCAGAUCAGAAACAUCUAUCUGCACCUUUUAGGUAUGAUAACUGAUAGUAUACCUGUUGUUCAUCAGAACUAAAACUGUAUUUUGUAAAGGACCACAUUAAAUGUAACUUAAUAAACCCCA